GAUUAUCGAGCAGCAGCAGCUUCGUUUACAGUCCACAUAAACAAUAAUUCAGGAAAAGAAAAAAGAUAAAGACAUAAUAAGGCUGAUUGAACAAUUUAUUUUCGGCAGCAUUAUGGUUCGGAUGUGUUUUUCUUUGUGCGUUUAGAUUUCAGAUGACUUUGAGCGUACACUUCCUGAACACACACGCCACACCUCCGCCUCGUUAUGGAUAAAUACUGAGCACACUUUCAUUUCAAAUAAGAAACUAAACGGGAGUGCGUAGCAUUUUUUCCUCAAAUUGAAAAGUUGUUUUGUUGUUUCCCCACAGUCAUGAAAGUACUUCUAGUCGCUGCACUGGUCGCCCUGAUCCUUGGCAGUUCUGCCACUUUGCUCAUUAAAGGGCCAAGCCAGCCGGUUCUGGAGGGAGAGAGCAUCACACUGGAGUGUCUGUCCUCCGACUCUGAACUCAACAUCAGCCAGGUCCACUUUGAGGUCUUCUCCCAGUACCUGCAGCUCUGGCGCAGGGUUUGGGAGCGAUCUUGGUGCUACUCUUUGAUGCGGAUGGAAAGGACUGCGCACAGUCUCGUCAUGUCCAUCCCCCACGCUGGAAAGUUCAGUGAGGGGCCCUACCGCUGUGUGUCCGACGGAGACAACGGGACCGCCACAGACAUCAUCUCCUCCCCUCUGCUGAACUUCAAAGUGCAUUAUAUGGGGGAGCUGUCUCUGACGAGGGAAGGCUACACCAGCAGCUACCUGGGUGUCCCGCAGGAGCUGAAGGUGCGACUCGGGGACGCCGUGGUGUUGAGGUGCUCCUCCAGCUCGUCAGAGGAGCCGAGCUACUUCUGGAGUCGAGACGGGGACGACUGGAUCCUGCCUUCCUCUACGCUGACGCUGAGGAAGAUCAGCGCGAUGGAUGAAGGACAGUACACAUGCAUGGCCGAGCAUCCCUCUGUGGAGUCACUCAGCAAGAACCGCACCAUCAGCAUCACUGUGCUGUCAAAGGAUGCCCCCUGGUACCAGUCUAGUAAUGGCCGUUUCAUGCUGAUGACCUCGGCGGCGGCCCUCUCUCUCUUGGUGUUCGUCCUCGCCACGAGCGUAUUCCUGUGCCGCAGGGCCAAGCGCGCCACGACCUGCAAGGGACCCAUUGAUGACCGCUCUCAGAAGAAGCCCAUCUACAAAGUCAGUGUGGAGUCCCUGCCCUCCACCUGUGCAGACAAACAACCUCUGGUUUGACUGCACAGGCAGGUGGAAGGAUGAGGAGGGAGAUGAGGGGGUGGAGGAAGAUGGAGCAAGAGGCAAGCAAGAUGGAGUGGGCGACCAGAACAUGAGGGCGGAGGUUGCAGGUCUCAGGGUGGUCACGGGGAGGAAAGGAGGCAAAGAGGGACAUUUGGAGACUGUAAAGAAGGGAGCUGGGUGUGAAAAAAAACAAGGAAAAACUUAAGGGAAAAUUAUGCUUUAGAGCCACAGAGGCUGCUUUGCUUGUGUGUUGGCUGAAGUUAUGCGUCUCGGACAGAAAGGUGGGCAAUUUAUUCUGCACUGAGGAAAAUGGUGAGCUCAAUUCUUAGCAAAAUGAUGGGGGAUUAAUCUUGUGAAGAGCAAUUCACUCUUUUCUGUUGCAAACAUAAUUGCUCAGCUGUGUAUUAUGAAUGAGCCAUUCGGGUGAUAGAACAGGGUUUUAUUUUGUUGAUUUGUUUCCCUUUCAACCUCUUUUUCCAAAGCAAGAAGCAGCUUCAGUGAGAAGGUUAUAAUCAUCUUUUUACUGUGACAGCUCUCAGACACAUCGUACCCUAUUUUAUUCACUGUACUCUGAAUUUCUUUGAUAUUAAAU